GGGUGCUCGGAAGAUGCGACAUCCUCAUCGUCUACAGCCCGGAUGCCGAGGAAUGGUGCCAGUACCUGCAGGACCUUUUCCUGUCCAGUCGGCAGGUCCGCAGCCAGAAGAUGCUGACUCACAGGCUGGGCCCCGAGGCCUCCUUCUCGGCCAACGACCUGAGCCUGUCCCUCAGUGCCCGCUGCGUGGUGGUGCUGCUGUCCGAGGAGCUGGUGCAGCACUUCUACCGGCCGGCCCUGCUGCCCCUGCUGCAGAGAGCCUUCCACCCACCGCACCGCGUGGUGCGGCUGCUCUGCGGGGUGCGGGGCGGCAAGGAGUUCCUGCGCUUCUUUCCAGACUGGGCCCACUGGCAGGAGCUCACCUGUGAUGACGAGCCCGAGACGUAUGUGGCAGCUGUGAGGAAGGCCAUUUCUGAAGAUUCUGGGUGUGACUCAGUCACCGACACCGAGCCUGAGGACGAGAAGCCCUACUCGAGGCAGCAGAGCCUGUCACUGGAGACUUCACCUGGAAACCUAAUGGUGGUGCAGCCGGACCGCAUUCGCUGUGGGGCAGAAACCACUGUCUAUAUUAUUGUGAGAUGUAAGUUGGAUGAGAGGGUGACAACGGAAGCAGAGUUUUCUCCCAAGGAUUCUCCCUCGAUAAGGGUGGAAGCCCAGCUGGAGAAUGAGUACACCGUUUCCGUGAAGGCUCCCAACCUUUCAUCUGGGAAUGUUUCUCUGAAGAUCUAUUCUGGGGACUUGGUGGUAUGUGAAACCAUCGUCAGCUAUUAUACUGACAUGGAAGAAAUUGGGAACCUAUUGUCCAAUGCUGCGAAUCCUGUGGAAUUCAUGUGUCAGGCCUUUAAAAUUGUGCCCUACAACACAGAGACCCUUGAUAAACUGCUAACCGAGUCCCUGAAGAACAACAUCCCUGCAAGUGGACUGCACCUCUUUGGCAUCAACCAGCUGGAAGAAGAAGAUAUGAUGACAAAUCAGAGGGAUGAAGAGCUGCCCACCUUGUUGCAUUUUGCUGCAAAGUAUGGACUGAAGAACCUUACUGCCUUGUUGCUCACCUGCCCAGGAGCCCUCCAGGCGUACAGUGUGGCCAACAAGCACGGCCACUACCCCAACACCAUCGCCGAGAAACAUGGCUUCAGGGACCUGCGGCAGUUCAUCGACGAGUAUGUGGAAACCGUGGACAUGCUGAAGAGUCACAUUAAAGAGGAGCUGAUGCAGGGCGAGGAGGCCGACGCUGUGUACGAGUCCAUGGCCCACCUUUCUACAGACCUGCUCAUGAAAUGCUCCCUCAACCCCGGCUGUGACGAGGAUCUGUACGAGUCCAUGGCUGCCUUCGCCCCGGCUGCCACCGAAGACCUUUAUGUUGAGAUGCUUCAGGCCAGUGCAUCUAACCCAAUCCCCAGAGAUAGUUUCUCUCGGACCACUAAGGACUCUAUGAUUCGCAAGUUUUUAGAAGGCAACAGCAUGCGAAUGUCCAGUUUGGAGAGAGACGCACGCCAUCUUGGUCGGGAAGAAGAUGUUUAUCACAUGGUGGAUGACGAUGAGGCUUUUUCCAUGGACCUGGCCAGCAGACCCCCCGUCCCAGUGCCCAGGCCAGAUGCCAGUGCUCCUAGUGCUCACCAGCUGCCCGACAAUGAACCAUACAUUUCUAAAGUUUUUGCAGAAAAAAGUCAAGAACGGCCCGGGAAUUUCUACGUUUCCUCAGAGAGCAUCAAGAAAGAGCCGCUCGUCAGACCGUGGAGGGACCAGCCCCAGUCAAGUAUAUAUGAUCCUUUUGCUGGGAUGAAAACACCAGGUCAGCGGCAGCUUAUUACCCUCCAGGAGCAGGUGAAGCUGGGCAUUGUCAACGUGGAUGAGGCUGUGCUCCACUUCAAAGAGUGGCAGCUCAACCAGAAGAAACGAUCUGAGUCCUUUCGCUUCCAGCAGGAAAAUCUUAAACGGCUAAGAGAGAGCAUCACCCGAAGACAGAGAGAGAAGCAAAAAUCAGGAAAGCAAACAGACUUGGAGAUCACAGUCCCAAUUAGGCACUCACAGCACCUGCCCGGGAAAGUGGAGUUCGGAGUCUACGAGAGUGGCCCCAGGAAAAGCGUCUUCCCCCCCAGGACGGAGCUCAGACGAGGAGACUGGAAAACAGACAGUACCUCCAGCACAGCAAGCAGUGUGAGUAACCGAUCCAGCACCCGGAGCCUCCUCAGUGUGAGCAGCGGGAUGGAGGGGGACAAUGAGGAUAAUGAAGUCCCCGAGGUUACCAGAAGUCAUAGUCCAGGCCCCCCACAAGUGGACGGAACACCCACCAUGCCCCUAGAGAGGCCCCCCAGGGUGCCUCCUCGAGCUGCCUCACAGAGGCCUCCAACCAGGGAGACCUUCCAUCCUCCUCCACCUGUUCCCCCCAGAGGUCGCUGAUUCCACCUUCUAACGCCCGCCUACUUCAGGAAUUUAAGGCUGUUAAUGAUGUCUUCAUGUUGAGUUUUAUGGCAUGACUGCUGACCUUAAGAUCCACUUUUUGCUGAUAUUGUUGCAGCUUUGCUAGUUUGGACUUUCCUUGAAGAAGACAUUAUGAAGACAUCAUACAGAAGUGAAAAACUAAGGGCAUUUUUCACUAUGGCCAAGUACAUUGAUCCAUAUACUUGUUUGCCAAAAGGAUGAAGACUUAAUCAGAGUACUUACCUCUAAUUUGCCAUAUCAGAAGCCUAAAAAGAUUGAUUAGAAAUGUACCUUACAACUGGUUUUACUGAAAUGUACUUACAUUAGUCCUUACAUAUUUGCUAGUCUGGCCUAAUUUCUUGAAGAGGUUAUAGGAUUUAUAGUAUACAAGUAAAGAUAUGUCCUAAUUUGUAAAUAAUUCUUCCACUUUUCUGUAUAUUCAGGAGGGUGUUUAAGUGCU